GUGAAGGAAUCGUGUUUCUUUAUUGUAUGAUAAAUAAAUAAAUUAGUAAAAACUUAUUAUAAAAAAUGACCCUAUAUCAUUUUGGUAAUUGUUUAGCAUUAGUAUAUGUUCCAUAUUAUAUGACCUAUAAAUACUCUGGUUUGUCGGAAUAUGGUGCUUUUUGGAAAUGUAUUCAAGCUGGAGGUAUUUACAUCUUUACACAAUUGGUAAAAAUGUUAGCACUUGCUACUUUCUUUCCUACAGCAGAUAGUGUUGGAGAGGAAGGUUUUGAUUUAUUUGGUGAAUUUCUGAAGUCUUCUAUAGAUUUAGCAGAUUUAGUAGGUAUCCUCCUAGUACUUAAUGGUAUUCCUGGUAAAGGUCAUGCCAAAGUAUUAACUGCAGGAAUAGGUUGGGCAGGUGCAGAAGUUCUUCUCACAAGAUUCCUAUUGUUAUGGUUUGGUGCACGUGGUGCAGAAUUUGAUUGGAAAUAUAUACAGAAAAGUUUGGAGUCUAAUAUUAACUUGGUACAACAUAUAACUACUGCUACACUUGUAUGGCUGUGGUCAAGACAUGAUUUAAAACGCAGCUUAGUUCCUAUUGUUAUUUGCAUGCUUUUAUUAACGGUGUAUAGGCCACUUGUUCUAGAUUGUUUAACAUCUCUUUUAUUAGCUGGUGCUUGGUCAACAUUAGUCGUAAAAGCACUUACAACUUUAAUUAUGGGAGUGAUAACUUUACACAUUUAUGCUGGAUUAGCUCAUUCAAUUGGAAUCUUUUAAAAGUCAAAUUAAUUUUUUUAGUUAGUUUUAUAUUAUUUAGUUAAAUUUCUUAUACCACUAAAUGUUAUUUGAUUUAUAGAGUUUCUCAUUAAAACAUUUUUAUAAAU